AUGGCUUCGAUAGCGUCGGCGACCUCGCUCUCGGCAGUUGCCGUCUUGUGUGUCCUCAGGGUUGCCGGGGCUGACUUGCCUAUUCACCCCCGCCGUCUGAAUGGCCAGCCCGAAGGGGAACGCUCGUGGAUGCUUGCACUUGAGAACGAUGCUACGGACGAGGAGGUGCAGCUCCUUAGUCGGGAAUUGCAGGAUGGGCAGCACACCGAUCCAGACAAGGGCGAGCUGCUCUUUGUGUGGGGGCGCACGACGGUGAUCGGCCUCCGGGCGCUGCUGGAGAAGUUCCCGGGGCGAGUGAGGUUUGCCAAGGAGGACCUUCUUGAGAGGAAGGCCUUGGAACCCACCCACGCCAUGGACAGGCGAAUGUUGCAGCGGACCUAA